UCAGAAAGAUGGCUACGAACAAAUCAACUAAGUCGGGUUACAAACCAUCCGAACCUGGCGAAGAAAUCGUGAUUUCCGGUAUUGCCGGUAGAUUUCCGAAAUCUAACAAUAUGGAAGAACUCAAAAAGAAUUUAUUGAAUAAGGUGGACCUAAUCACGGAUGAUGAUUGUCGAUGGAAAUUAGAUCAUCCGGAUAUCCCCAAACGCAUCGGAAAGAUCAGUAAUGUCGACAAAUUUGACGCGCUGUUCUUCGGAGUCCACUUCAAGCAGGCCCAUACAAUGGACCCGAUGUGCAGAAUGUUAUUAGAGCACGCGUACGAAGCCAUCAUCGACGCGGGGGUGAAUCCAAAGCAAUUACGCGGAUCGCGAAUCGGCGUCUUCGUCGGCACGUGUUUCUCAGAAUCCGAAAAAACUUGGUUCUACGGAAAAUUACAGAUGAAUGGCUUCGGUGUCACUGGAUGCAGCAGAGCUAUGUUGGCGAACAGAAUUUCCUAUUGGCUAGGAGUGACCGGGCCAUCUUAUACUAUAGAUACCGCCUGCAGUUCGAGCUUAUACGCCCUUGAACACGCCUAUCGGUGUCUGCGAGACGGUCUAUGCGAGGCCGCCAUUGUGGGUGGAUCAAAUCUAUGUCUUCUCCCCGGAAUGUCAAUGCAAUAUUCUCGUCUCGGGGUUUUGUCAUCUGAUGGUCGCGUUAAAUCAUUUGACAACGACGCGGAUGGCUACGCUCGCAGCGAAACGGUCGCCGUCGUAUUCCUACAGAAAGCGAAACAUGCGAAACGAAUCUACGCCAGGGUGGUUUACGGCAAGACGAAUUGCGAUGGCUUCAAGGAGCAGGGCAUCAUGCAUCCAUCAAGGGUGAUGCAGGGCAUCCUGCUACGAGAGUGCUAUGAGGAUUGCGGAGUGUCGCCGAAAAGUGUAUUCUUCCUGGAAUGUCAUGGUACCGGCACCAAAGCCGGUGAUCCCGAGGAGGUCAACGCGAUCGAGGAAGUCCUUUGCAAAGAUAGAACUACUCCUUUACUUAUCGGCUCUGUUAAAUCAAAUUUAGGUCAUUCCGAGCCUGCUGCCGGCCUAUGUCAAAUUGCCAAGGUACUAAUAGCAAUGGAAACUGGAUUGAUCCCUGCAAAUUUGCAUUACAAUCAACCACGAGAAGGCAUAAAAGCUCUCAAAGAUGGCAGGAUCAAGGUCGUCACUGAAUCCACACCUUGGAACGGUGGUUAUGUGGGUAUUAAUUCUUUCGGUUUUGGCGGCGCCAACUGUCAUAUCGUAUUAAAAUCCCAUGAGAAGGAAAAAUUAAAUAAAGGAGCACCAUCUGAUGAUUUACCGAGACUCGUAACAGUGUCUGGACGUACCGAGGAAUCUGUUAAUGUAUUCUUAAACGAUAUUGAGAAACAUGCGGUAGAUGUUGAGUAUAUUCGGUUGCUGCAUGAUAUCCACUCUGAAGAUAUCCAGGGACAUCUUUAUCGAGGAUAUACGAUAGUUGGUUCGAAGACGGCGGAGCAUCCCACGAGAGAAACAGAAAAUUACUUAGGAGCUGCGAGACCGAUUUGGUUUGUGUUUUCCGGUAUGGGAUCACAGUGGCCCGGCAUGGGUAUCGAACUGAUGAAAUUCCCUAUCUUUGUCAAGGCUAUUCAGAAAUGUGAUACUGUCUUGCGACCGCGCGGUGUAGACAUCAUUAAUAUUUUAACAAACAAAGACAAAUCUAUUUUUGAUAAUAUUUUGCACUCGUUCGUGGGAAUUAUAGCAGUACAGAUUGGUUUGGUCGAUCUCAUCACGUCGAUUGGUAUCGUGCCGGAUAACAUCAUUGGUCAUUCCUUCGGAGAACUCGGUUGUGCUUACGCAGAUGGAUGUUUCACCGCCGAACAGUCGAUUUUGUCUGCAUACUUAAGAGGUUUAGCAUCUAUUGAAACUGAAGUAAUUUAUGGUUCAAUGGCAGCUGUUGGUCUCGGCUACGAAGAUAUCAAAGAUAUGUGUCCCGCAGACAUUGAAGUGGCUUGUCAUAAUGCUUCUGACAACAGUACUAUUAGUGGGCCUGCUGAAUCUAUGAAAAAUUUUGUCGCUCAACUACAGGCUAAGAAAAUCUUUGCGAUGGAGGUGCCAUGCGGUAAUAUAGCUUAUCACAGUCGUUACAUCGCACCUGCCGGACCGAAACUUCUGGCUUACUUAAACGAGGUGAUUCCUGAACCGAAGCCGCGCAGUCGAAAAUGGAUGAGCACGUCCGUGCCAUACAACAAAUGGUCCACCGCAUCUGCCAAAUUAUCGUCUGCUGAAUACCAUACUAACAAUUUCCUGAAUCCCGUACUGUUUGAGGAAACCGCGCGUAUGAUCCCGAAGGAUGCUAUAACCAUUGAAAUUGCACCACAUGGUCUUCUUCAGGCCAUUAUGAGAAAGUCUCUUGGUCCGGGAGUUACUAACAUCGCGCUCACUCAGCGUGGUCACAGAGAUAACUCCGAAGUUGUUCUCCAAGCGAUUGGCAAACUGUACAACAUGGGACUACAACCGGAUAUCGCUAGUCUCUAUCCACCAAUCGAGUAUCCAGUUAGUCGCGGUACUCCGAUGAUUUCACCUUCCGUUAGAUGGGAACACUCUGACGACUGGUAUGUAAUGUCAUACAAAACGCAAAAGAAAAUCACGUCCGGAGAAAGAACAUUUACUCUGUCGAUAGCAGAUAAAGACAUUGAAUAUAUGAGUGGUCAUGUUAUCGAUGGAAAAAUCUUAAUACCUGCCACGGGAUAUCUUGCUAUGGUCUGGGAAAGUAUGGGCUUGCUGCAUAUGGAAAUGUUUACAGAGCUGUCUAUCAUUUUUGAGAAUGUUACCUUUUUGCGUGCUACUCCUUUACCGAAAGAAGGUGAAAUCCAAUUAACAGUGAUGGUUCAGAAAGGCACUGGAAGAUUUGAAGUGUCGGAAGAUAAUACUCCGGUUGUAACUGGAAUCAUUCGAGUCAUAAAGAAUCCCGUGCAAGAAAAGAUACCCGUUACGCUUUUACCAAAAGAUGACUGUGAAGAAGAAGUAAUGAAUACUCAAGACAUUUACAAAGAGUUAAAAUUACGCGGUUACGAAUAUUUAGGCCCGUUCCGGUCCUUAAAAAGCGCAUCCAUCUCAAAAAAGAAGGGACAUAUUGCUUGGACCGGUAAUUGGGUAACAUUCCUCGACAGUAUGAUGCAGAUGCUGAUUCUUAGAAUGGAUACGAGAAAUCUUUAUGUGCCUACGAAAAUACGAAAAAUUGUCAUCGAUACCAAGCUUCAUCAGCAGGAAAUCCAGAAGUUUAAUGUAAAAGGUAGACAAUUCCCUGUACAUCUAUAUGAAGAAUGGAAGACCGUAAUAUCAGGCGGAAUCGAAAUUUGUGAUGUUAGACUUACGGCCAUACCUCGCCGGCUGUCAACCAAUGAUCCAGUCCUGGAAGAAUAUAAAUUCGUGGCACAUCGUGAUCAAGCGCGAGUAUCCCUGAAUGAGGCGAUCAGAUUGUCCAUUCAUAUCGCCCUGGAAUGUCAUCAAGCCGUUUAUGUGAAAAUCGUAGAGUUGAUCGAUGUUUGCGAUAAUGUGACAGUAGAUAAAUUGGCGUCACCUAUGCUUACUAAGAUUUUAGAUGAUUUGCCAUUAAUUCAAGCGAAUGUAUAUCUGUCUGCUUCACAUCAUUUUAAUGACAGCUCAUUAUCGAACGUAAUUUUCACGAAAAAUAAAUUGUUCGACGAAGAUAAUGUUUUGCUCGUUAUUGGUAUCGGACUGUUAACGCGAAAUAAAAGAGGCCAUUUGGAGCAGAUUCUACCGAAACUAAGAAAGGGUGGUUUUAUACUAACACGGGAAAUAUCUGGGCUUGAAAAUCUUCCAACAUUUUCGAAAUACGAGUUAGAUGUGAUUCUAGAGAAGAAUAUUGGCGAAGAGAAUAUUAUACUUUUAAAGAAAAAAGAGCAACCAAUCAGGAAAACGGAAAUUAUCUACAUUAAUAACAAUGAAUUCACUUGGCUCGAAAAACUGAAUUCAAUCAUGGAUGUAGAAUAUGAAACUACCGACAUGAGAAUAAUACUUGUCAGUGAGGGAGACUUAGAAAGUGGUUUGCUAGGCUUCGUGAAUUGUUUAAGAAAGGAACCAGGUGGAGAAAUUAUUAGAAGUGUUAUGAUACAAGAUAUCGAUGCUCCCAAGUUUUCCCUGCAGGACUCAUUGUAUUUGGAGCAACUUCAGUUGAACUUGCCGAUCAAUGUAUUAAGACCAGGAAAAGUAUGGGGAACCUAUAGACAUCAACCACUGCCAAGUCCACAGUUGAAACUUGUCGAUCAUGGAUAUGUUACACAAAUGAUACAUGGUGACAUAAGUUCUCUUCGUUGGAUUGAAGGCCCUAUACAUCCUGAGAAUGAAAAAGAUAUAGUCUACAUAGUAUAUGCUUCUCUCAAUUUUAAAGACAUCAUGAUCGCCACAGGAAAACUUCUUUUUGAAAAUACUAUGAAGAUUACUCGAUUCGAAAACUCAUUCCUCGGCAUGGAAUGUGGUAUCGAUACAACUGGCCAUCGUGUGAUGGGACUGUGCAGCAAUAAAGGCAUAUCAAAUGUUAUCGUACCUGACAGAAAUUUGUGUUGGGAAGUGCCGAAUAAUUGGUCAUUGGAAGACGCGGCUACUGUGCCAUGUGUAUAUUCAACAUGCUAUAUUGCGUUAUAUAAUAACGGUCGGAUAAAGAAGGGUGAUAAAGUGCUCAUUCAUUCCGGCACUGGCGGUAUCGGUCAGGCAGCGAUACAUCUCGCUCUUAAUGAAGGCUGCGAGGUGUUCACCACCGUAGGAACGUCUGAAAAACGUGAGUUUAUUCGAAAGAUGUUCCCAUCGAUUCCGGACGAUCAUAUCGGUAAUUCACGCAACACUAGCUUCGAGCAGAUGAUACUUCAACGAACAAACGGUGUCGGGGUAGAUAUUGUCUUGAACUCAUUGGCCGAGGAGAAACUUCAAGCAUCGGUUCGUUGUUUGGCGCACGGUGGUCGUUUUCUAGAAAUCGGCAAACAUGAUCUCACCGCAAACAAUUCCUUAGGAAUGAUGAUCUUUUUGAAAGAAACUAGCUUUCACGGAAUUUUUAUCGAUAAUUUAAUUAGUUCUACAAAUGUCGAAGAUAAGGUGCAACUGCAUAACAUGGUAGCCGAGGGCCUUAAGAAUGGAGCUAUUAAACCGCUUGUUAGAACAAUCUUUGACAAAAACGAAUUAGAGAUGGCUUUCAAAUAUAUGACGACUGGAAAACAUAUAGGCAAGGUAAUCUUGAAAAUUUCCGAUGAGAAGAACUUUGGAAAAAUUCUCGCGCAUCCUCGAUAUUACUGCGAUAGUAAAAAAACCUAUCUCAUUUUGGGCGGAUUGGGUGGUUUUGGAUUAGAACUAGCAGAUUGGUUGAUACUCCGAGGCGCUAGAAACGUGGUGUUGACGUCAAGAACAGGAAUAAAGAACGGUUAUCAGCGCAUGAAGGUCGAACUGUGGAAAUCUUAUGGCGUAAACGUACUUAUUAUCGUGGGCUCCGACGCCUCGAAUCGCAAGGAUUGCGAAUUCAUACUGAAAUCCGCGGAGGAGCAGGGCCCGGUGGAAGCUAUCUUCAAUCUUGCCGGGGAGCUGAAGGAUAGCAUCUGCAAAAAUCAAACGGCGGAGUCGUUCGGGGAGUCUCUCAGAGCUAAAGCUUGGGCUACGAAGACGUUGGAUGAAUUAUCCAGAAAAUUGUGCCCGCAACUUCGGCAAUUCGUAGUCUUCUCUUCGAUCGUUUGUGGUCGAGGAAAUGCCGGACAAACGAAUUACGGUAUGGCUAACUCGGUGAUGGAGAGAAUUUGCGAAUGCAGAGUGAUGGACGGUUUACCAGGACUGGCUAUUCAAUGGGGCGUGAUAGGUGAAGUUGGCAUACUUGCCAACUGGCAAGAUAGCAACAAGGAAAUCGUUGUUAUUGGUAAUCUGCAGCAAAAGAUAUCUUCCUGUCUUGAGAAACUGGAGGACUUUUUAUUGCAAGAUCGCCCGGUGGUAGCUAGCAUGAUAGUGGCUGAGAAACAUGUAAAUACGCAUGAUAAUAAGCUCGUUGUCAAUACCGUAGCGGAUAUAAUGGGUUUCAAAAAUUUGAAGAUUGUGUCUCAGCAAGCAUCGUUGGUUGAACUUGGCAUGGACUCGAUGAUGACUAUAGAAAUUAAACAAACCCUAGAACGCGAAUACGAUAUCUUCCUCACCGCACAGGAUAUCCGCAAUCUCAACUUUGCCAAAUUAGCGGAGAUGCGCGUUAAGAACAUGGAACAGGACAACGCACAGACUCGAGAAACCGAGAAACAGACGGUCGAAAUAUCCGGAAUGCAACUGUUAAUUCGAGUUUUGCGUAACGAAGAUCUGACUUCUGAAGUCUGUAUGCAAUUAAAAACUAUGAUAAACUCGCGUAAAGUCGAAGUGUUUCUUUUGCCCGGUAUACAGGGCUGUGGUCAGAUAUUUAAUUCACUGGCACCGAAAAUUAGAUCUAUCGCAACGGCUUUGCAAUAUGGAAUAUUAAAUAUCGGAUCUACUCUUGCGUCUAUACCGGAGUAUGCCGAUUAUCUUUUACCAUACAUUUUACCAAAGGUGAAAAACCAAGGAAGUUUCAUUCUAGUCGGAUAUUCGUAUGGCUCGUUAAUCGCCAUCGAGUUAGCGAGACGAUUGGAAAAACGUGGCUUGGAUGGCCGAUUAGUAUUGAUUGAUGGUGCUUUUGAACAAAUGAAAGCAAUGAUAGAACAAUUUAUCCCUUCUACUACAGAGAACGAACUUCAAAAUAAUAUCUUGCUCAGCAUCAUGGAUAUUGCACAAUCAGCCUUGAGCGGAAAGUUGCUUUUAGAUCUUGAAAAAUGCAUUACUUGGGAAGAAAAAUUGGAUGUUUUUAUCUCACAUAUUCUUUCCAAUGAUGUCGCGCUUUCUAUCGAGAAUCAAAAAAUGUUGUGUACAACUAUUUAUAAACGUAUCCUUGCUCUUAAAAAAUACGACACGUCAUCCUUGGAAAAGAUACGAGCCUCCAUAAUACUUUUAAAACCCACGCUAUCAUCUGUUCACGAAGUCGAAGAGGAUUAUGGUUUACACAAAAUCACGCGAGAUAAAAUAGAAGUGCAUUACGUUGAAGGUAAUCAUAUCACAAUGUUAGAUAGUGACAAAGUUAUAUUGGCAAUUAAUGGAGAUUUGAUAAAAGCUAAAGAAAACUUUCAAUAGAUAAGCCAUCUAACAGUGAAAUAAAUGAGAGU